AUGGGAGUGACUAACCUGUGGCAAAUUCUUGAGCCUGUGAGACAACCUGUCAACUUGAGCAGUCUCAGAGGAAAAACACUUGCUGUUGAUUUAAGUCUGUGGGUUUGUGAAGCUCAAACCGUUAAAAAGAUGAUUGGAGUAGUUACCAAGCCACACCUGAGAAACCUAUUUUUUCGGUUCUCUUUCUUAACAUCAAUGGGAAUUAAACUAGUGUUCAUCAUGGAGGGAGAGGCCCCCAGGUUGAAAGCAGACACGAUGAGUAAGAGGAACGAGGUGCGCUAUGGACCUUCAAAGAAAGUUGGAGCUGCAAGAACAGGGAGAUCUUUAUUUAAAACCAUUUUAAAAGAGUGUCUUGAUCUGCUGGAAUGUUUAGGUGUCCCUUGGGUUCAAGCAGCUGGGGAAGCAGAGGCAAUGUGUGCCUACUUAAAUGCAACAGGACGUGUUGAUGGCUGCAUUACCAAUGAUGGAGAUGUCUUCUUAUAUGGAGCUCAAACAGUUUAUAGGAACUUUGCCAUGAAUGCUAAGGAUCCACUUCUUGACUGUUACACGAUGUCCUCUAUUAAGGAGAAGCUUGGUUGUGACAGAGAGUCUUUGAUUGGGCUAGCUAUUCUUCUGGGUUGUGAUUAUCUUCCAAAGGGCGUUCCAGGAGUUGGGAAAGAACAAGCUUUAAAGUUAAUUGAGACUUUACGAGGUGAAAACUUAUUGCAAAGGUUUGAGCAAUGGAAAGAACAAUUUCAGUAUGAUAAUAAUCCACCUGUGGUUGUUAAAAGGGUAAUUCACUGUUCUGAGUGCCAUCAUCCAGGAUCUUUCAAGGACCAUGAGCGUAGUGGAUGUAAAUUCUGUGAAAGCACUAAAUACUGCAAACCCAAUGACUCCAAAUACUGUUGCCCUUGUGAAUGGCAUCAGUUAGAGCGAGCGAAACAAGCAAGCGCAGUGGAGGACAAUAUCAGAAAAAGAGCUAACAGUUGUGAGGGCUUUCCAUUCCCUGAGGUUAUCCAGGAGUUUCUUGUAAACAAGAAUAAAUUGAUCAAGAUAAAGGAAUGUCAAAGGCCAAAUUUAUUGUCCUUUCAGAUAUUUGCUUCUGAGAAGAUGGAAUGGACCAAACAUUAUGCUUGUAAGAAACUGUUAGCACUAUUGACACGUUACGAUAUGAUCCAGAGAAAAUCUGGACGCAUUGAUUCAAAACAACUGCAGGCUAUACGGAUAGUCAAGACACGUGUUAAAAAUGGAAUUCCUUGUUUUGAAAUUGAGUGGCAAAAACCAGAACAUUAUGUUGAUGCAGACGACGAGCCUGCGGAGUUGUUUGUAGUCACAGUAGAAGAGGAGUCUUUGUUUCGGGCUGCUUAUCCCCAUGUUGUUACCCUUUAUCAAGUGGAAAAGUCAGAAGUUCUGAAGAAGAAACAGAAAAACAGAAAAGAUAGACCAAAAGAAAAGGAAUUGCCAAAUGUUUAUGAUGAAGUUAGCAAUCUUCUGUCUCAAAUGAAUUUAAAAUCUACAUGUGGAGUUCUUCCUGUGCAAAACUCCGUGUCAGAUAUAAAAACUCCCCCAGGAGACCAGAUACACCUGAGAAGUACUGAAUCAAAAGAUCUAGCAUUAGCUGCAGCUUCCUGCGUAACUGUUCAAAUGCCAGCAUCAGCAACUGCUCUUUCUCCAACUACAUCGCUUUACUCGCUCUUACAGAGUACAUUGGCUGACUCACCUGUAUUGCCAGCACAAUUUACUAAAGAUUCAGGGAUAUCGUCCUCUUCCUCUGUAACAGCUGGUCUACAGCUGAGCAGUAUGGAAGGAACCUUCUCCAGCGCUUCACCAGCCCACGGGGAUGAUAUUCAUGAUCCAGCAGCUGACUUUACAUACAUAAAACAUUCUCAUCCACUAGGUGAUGAAACAGUGAGAAAUAGCUCAGAAUAUUCUGAUGCUAUGCAGUCUGAUCAACAUCAUUCUGAUAGUGCGGAUGAUUUGGUUUCAGAUGAUGCCAUGGGACAAAUUCAGAAGUGGUCUUUAAGUGCGCAAAUGCUUAAGACGACUACCGUUCCAUCAAAGCCUUUGUCAUCUGAAGAUGUAGUGCAACUGGAGUCUUUGAAAUGUUUUAAACAAACAGAAGAAACAUUGAAUCAUUAUGAAGAUGAUGUCUCUUCCUCAUGUCAGUUAAAUAAACUAGUUCAGGAAAGUAAAAAUAUGCUAUCAGAAAACUAUUCAAGGGAAUCCAGUGUACACAUUUAUCAAUAUCAGUACAAAAAAGCUGGCAGCCUGGCUGAAACGAUGCAAAAAGACUGUAAUAUAAGCAGUUCAACAUUUCUAGCCCGCAGUGGGCAAACAAAACAGAUGCUGCAUCCUGAGUGUGAAAUGCUUCCAGUCUCUCAGAAGUCACCAGAUGUUGUAACUAGCUGUUGCGUUAAAAAAGCUUAUACUCAAACUACUUGGAAAACUUCUUCUAUAAAGAGUGUGUGUCAGAACAGAUGUUCUUCUAGUGAAGACAGUGAUGAUGAUAACAUGAAUAAAAAUUUGGUUUAUGAGCAGCAGCAAAGUCAACUGAACCCUGGUCAGUUUAAAGAAUGUUUCACAAAGGAAGGGAGUGAUGCCGUUACGAGCAAAAGAACAAACAGUGACUCAGCUCUUUCAAUUAAAGGGAAGAAGAAAAAGACCAAUUUAAAAAAAGCUGGUAAUAGUUUGUCAUUGCAAGUAUCUCCAGAACCAUCCUCUGUAGGGGAAGUUAAUUAUUUCCAAAGUCCGGAGCAACCAUUUGAGAGGUCAGGUUCUGGUCCCACGCAGCAAGCCAAAACUGCUGUUCUGACUUACGCAUGGGCAGACAGUCCCCUUCCCCUGUCUGAAAGACUAAAAGGAAGAAUCAAAAUCAAUUAG